CAUUUCGAAGAAACUACACUUUUCAAAGUAGCUUUGUUUUACGUUGGAUGUUACCGUCUGCAAAACAGUUGUUUUCUUUUUCGAUAACAUCGAGGUUAGACUUCUAAGAUAGAUCGCAAUAUAGUUUAUAUCGAUUUAUCGACUGCGUGUUAUACCUUCUACAUCUCGGUUUGUUUUCGGUUGUUUUGGUCGUUUCCUGGCUAGCCAAGCCACGCCGUCACAAUUUUUAGCUUGCAUUUAUUGUACUUGUUUCUUUCGUUUUAUUUAUUGUGGUUAUUUAUUUUGGUGAAUUGAGGUUACGUACUUAUAGUCAUGCAUUGAUAAUUAUCUUGUUACUUUCUAUCUAGGCGGCAACUACAACCCAGUGCGUUAAAAUGCUACGGUUUUUCUCCAUGCUUUCGGUCUUAAAAAUGAUUUCGUAAAUUUUUUUUGUUAUUGUUUAUAUAUCUUUUUAUUCGUGUUAUAAACCUGGAUCGUUACGGAGGCCUAAUGGUAGUUAAUUAUACUUAGUUUCUCGACGAUCUGCUUUGUUUAUUUAACAGCUCAAGGUGUCAUGCCGCCUUCAAAAUUUAGAAAAACGGUAUUCAGAGCUGAAUGGAGCCAGGACCCAAUGUAUGCGUGGGUGAAGGGUAUUGAAAUAAAUCCCUAUUCUGCAUGGUGUGAUGUGUGCAAGCAAAAGUUUGAGCUUAGCAACAUGGGGAAACAAGCUCUCACAAGUCAUGCGUCUGGGGCUAAGCAUAGAAAAAGAUUACAGGCAGCCAGUAAAUCGGUCCCAAUUACAAUUUUUUGCAAGACAGGGCUAUCAAAAACAACUUCGCAAGUAAAGUCAACAGAUGUACCUGAAGUAUCAUCAGAAUCUAUUCAGAAUUCAUCAGUUUCUGAGGGUUCAAAGUUAUCACCAUCACCUAAUGUACUGAAGUUGUUAGAAAAUGCAGUUGCUGGCUCAGCAUGCUCAUGUAUUUGCACAUGCACAUCUGUAGAAAAGAAAUCAAAGUUAUUGAAAACAUAUUUGUUGAAUGAUAAUGUGACAAGAGCAGAGGUCAUGUGGUGUUUGUUUUGUGUAACAUCACAUAACUCGUUACGGAAUGCUGAAAGUAGUGUUUCAAUCCAGCGCAAGAUGUACCCUGACAGCAAUAUUGCAGCAAAAAUGAAAUUGAGCAAAGCAAAAGUAUCUUACACUAUUGUUCAUGGCUUGGCGCCACAACUCGAGCGAGAUCUAAAAGCUGCUAUAUCAAAUUGUUCACAUAUUGUCAUCGGUUUUGAUGAAAGUUUAAAUAAGGUUGUGCAAAAACAGCAGAUGGAUUUAACGGUGCGGUAUUGGGACGAUGUCAAGAAUGUGACUUGUACUCGCUACUUAACCUCUGUUUUCUUGGGUCACUCAACUGCAGCAGAUUUACUUUAUGCAUUCAAAAGUGCGUUAACUUCUGCUCUUUUACACAAGAUACUUCAAGUGUCUAUGGAUGGUCCGAAUGUGAACUUACGCUUUUUAAAAGAUCUAAGAGAAGAUUUAAAAGAAGGCCGUCCACAUGAAGGUGUAAUUUUGGAUAUUGGCACUUGUGGUCUGCAUUCAUUGCACUGUGCUUUCAAGACAGCAAUGAAAGGAACAGAAUGGGAAAUUAUUCCAUUUUUACGUGCAAUUCACAAUCUUUUUUACAAUAUCCCUAGUCGUCGUGCAGAUUUUAUCCGCAUAACAGGAUCAGAUUUGUUUCCUUUGAAAUUUUGUGCAGUUCGUUGGUUAGAUAAUGUGUGUGUAGCAAACAGAGCCUUGAAAUUACUGCCCUAUUUGCUCAAAUACAUUCAGUCACUUUGUUCAAAGUCUGAACCAAAGUGUGCAAGCUUUAUGGUAGUUAAGAAUGCUCUUCGUGAUAAAUUGCUUGGUCCUAAACUUGCAUUUUUUUCAUCUGUGGCAUCUGAAAUUGAACCUUUUCUGAAAGAAUUUCAGACCGAUAAACCAAUGGCUCCUUUUCUUUAUUCAGAUUUUUGUGCUGUUGUUAAAAAUCUUAUGAUAAGGUUUGUCAAACCUGAAGUAAUUGAAUCAAAACCCUUGUCUGCGAUUGAUUUAUCAGGAACAAAUCUUAUGUCUCACAAAAAUGUUGACCUGGGUUUUGGAACAAAAGCAGAAUUGCGUUCUGAAAAGAACUUAACACAGAAAGACAUUGAGUUAUUCAAGCAUGAAUGUUCUAAGUGCCUACAAGAACUUGUGAAGAAGAUUUUGAAUCGCUCUCCACUUACUCUCAGUUUGACUAGGAGCAUUUCAUUCAUUGACCCUUCAGUAGUUUGUAUGCAAUAACUGGAUUUCUGGAGUGCAAGCUGAUAAAAUUUGUAGAGAAUUCAAGCAAGUGUGUGCUGUAAAGUUAGUGCAAGAAAAUGUGAAGAUAUACACACGCAGUAAAUUUCGCCUUGAUCAGUUUUGGUUUGAUCAGUUGAAAAUUUGUUCAUUUGAGGAAACAAAAAAUUUGGCAUCUUUCCUGAAGAUGAUUUUCAUCUUUUCACAUGGCAAUGCUGCUCUGGAAAGAGGAUUUUCUGUGAACAAGGAAUGUCUGGUGGAAAAUCAACAAGAAAUAUCUCUCGUAGCUCAAAGGAGAAUUCAUGAUAGUGUCUCUGCAGCUGGGGGAAUUGAUGAUUUCCCUGUAACAAAGCAGCUUAUACAUGCAGCUCGUAAUGCACACUCCAACUUUAAAGACUAUUUGCAAAAGCAGAAGGAGCUUUCUCAAGAAAAAGCAGAAACUAACAUCUUGAAACGUAAAAUUGCUGCUGAACUUGCAGAGCUUCAGGCAAGAAAAAAGAAAAUUUUAGAAGAUGCCCAAAAUGAAAGUGCAAUUCUUGAUUCUCGAAUAGAAGCUCUUAAAACGUAGUGCAGUGAUAAUAGACCCCAUUUUGUAGUGUUUAGGCCUACUAAAUUCAAUCAUUAUUUUCACAAAAA